AUGGCGGAACGUGGAUACAGUUUCUCUCUGACCACUUUCAGUCCAUCGGGAAAACUUGUACAGAUUGAAUACGCUUUAGCUGCGGUCGCUGCAGGAGCACCAUCUGUUGGUAUUAAAGCGGCAAAUGGUGUUGUAUUGGCAACUGAGAAAAAACAGAAAUCGAUAUUGUACGAUGAGCAAAGCGUACAUAAAGUGGAGCCAAUCACCAAGCACAUAGGCAUGGUGUACAGUGGCAUGGGCCCAGAUUACAGAGUCCUUGUUCGGAGAGCCAGAAAACUAGCCCAGCAAUAUUACCUUGUGUAUCAGGAACCCAUUCCAACAGCACAACUAGUACAAAGAGUGGCAUCGGUCAUGCAGGAAUAUACACAGUCUGGUGGUGUACGUCCAUUUGGAGUCUCGUUAUUAAUUGCAGGCUGGGAUGAGGAGCGACCAUAUUUAUUCCAAUCAGAUCCUUCUGGAGCAUAUUUUGCAUGGAAGGCAACAGCAAUGGGAAAGAAUUAUGUAAAUGGCAAAACUUUCCUGGAAAAAAGGUAUAAUGAAGAUCUUGAACUUGAAGAUGCUAUACACACAGCAAUUUUAACAUUAAAGGAAAGUUUUGAGGGUCAGAUGACAGAAGACAACAUUGAAGUUGGUAUUUGCAAUGAAGCUGGAUUUAAGCGGCUCACUCCUGCUGAAGUCAAAGAUUACUUAGCUGCUAUAGCAUAA